AUGAUUUCGACAAAGUUUUUUCUGUUUUAUCAAGUCUCGCUGGGAGCCUUUCAUGGUUCUAGAGCUCGUCCCGGGUUAAACGUAGAUUUCAAAGAGACUGAUGAUCAAAAAAGUGUGAAUUAUGAAGAGAAAAAUCUGGAUAAAAGCUGCCCCGAUGCCGACUUGCAAACUGAAUGCAAUGCAUUGUGCCGAGCCGAAUAUAAUCGAUGCCGUCUUCUCUGUGAAACGGAAUAUUGCCUGUCGAUUUGCGAUCGAGACUACCAAAAUUGCCGCGACAACUGCCCUUGUGGUACUAAUUGUGAGGAGGGAUGCAUCGACUGCGACAAUCCCCUUUGCCCAACCACAACAACAAUGAUAACAACAACGAUUGAUCAGAAUACGCCUAACAACGUGCAUAUUUUGGUCUUUGGCUUUGUGAAUAUAGUUGAUUCUUAUAUCUUCUCGGGGGAUGGUCAAACAAUAGUCUCGCCGAAUAUUAACGCUCCUGAAACAAAGUAUUUGCAAAAUAGCGUUCACGCAAUAGUCAAGGGAGAAUUGUAUAUUUUUGGCGGAAUUUGGGAUGGUUACAAGAUAGCAAAAUUGAACGGAUGCUCAUUUAAUGAAUUAUCCAUUCGAUUGAUGCACGAGUUCUAUUAUGGGGCCGCCGCAAUUGAUAUUAAUGACGGAGAAAGAGGCAGUGUAGCUUACAGUGCGAUGAAAAAAGUCGAGACAUACAAUGAAUCAAUGGGAUGGACAAGCUUGCCGGAUCAUCCAAUUUACUUCCUCGAGCAUACUCUCAUCGGAUUAGACAAUGGAGCCAUGCUGAUGUUAGGUGGAAGGCUGAUAGAAGCUGGAACGCAUGCAGAUAUUUGGCAGCUCAAAGAGGAUAUUUGGACGCGGAUUGGUUAUCUCAAAGAGAGUUAUGCAAGCGCCUCUGCAUUGAAGAUCGGCGACUACAUCUACCUCGUCUCUGGCGAUACAGAUGAUGAGUCUUACAAUUUUUUCCCAGUGGAAAGAAUCCACCUUGUCAACGACGACGAAAUAAGUACUGAAAUCAUCGGAGGCCACGAAUUUUAUAGCUAUAAUCCAAUUGUUCUCGAGGUUACACCAGAUUUUUGCGUUUAA